AGAAAUUUAAAUACCGGGUGAUUAAAGUCGCCCUGCCCGUGAACUUUUAUAGUGGAGCACAAAUCCAGCCUAACGAGAACAGUUUGACCGAGUUACACAUCGCGUGCCAACAGAGCGGUUCUCGUGACAGCGGGACAGAUGCUUCUCAGGCAAACGCUGCCUGGGCUGCAGGAAGGGCAGCAGCGACACAGCUUGGCUCACACUGCCGUGUCCCUCUGAAUAAGCGGAGGAUUAAUUUGAUUUUUUUUUUUUUUUUUUUUUUACGCUGUUUACACCGUAGAGUGUGAGGAGUGGAAGUGGACCCCGUUUUUUGUUUCGGUGGUUCCUGUGUGGGACGGGAACGCACGACAGGGGUGCGUGAUGCCGCACCAACAGACGUCAGCGUGAGGCUGUGAAGAGGCCCUGCUGGGAGGUGUGAUGGCUGCUGCUGAAUGGGUCUCUGAGCCUUCAGGCAAAGUCAUGGUGGUUAAAACAGAAAAGCAGGAAUGCAGGGACAACAACCAUCAAAGACAAAUCAUCCUGCAGCUAAAUGGGCUAAAUGACGACAGUGCUGGUACUGCCACCACAGUUUUAGCGAUAGAGACACAUCAAAGUGACUGUGAAACCGAUGGAACAGAGAUAGAGUACGGCUACCCCAUCACUUGUGGAGACAGCGCAGCAGUCCUGCUGUUUAAGAAGUUUGUCUGUCCUGGAAUCAAUGUACGAUGUGUAAAGUUCAAUGACCAGCUCAUUAGUCCCAAGCAGUUUGUGCACUUGGCAGGAAAAGCCACUCUGAAGGACUGGAAAAGAGCCAUCAGAGUGGGAGGGGUUAUGCUCAGGAAAAUGAUGGACUCUGGCCAGAUAGAUUUCUACCAGCAUGAGUCAGUGUGCAGCAACACCUGCCGCAGCACCAAGCUCGAUGUGCUGAUGAACAGCACCCGGCCUCCUCCAGGGGCCUUGGUGCAACCAAGCCUGUCGUGUUUGGCUCUCGAGCCUGUUUGGGGACAGCUGCCUACUGUGACAGGGGAAGCGGGCGAUGCAGUGGAGUUGGAGGAGUCUUUGGAGGAAAUGGUUGGAGCGGCAUCAGAGCAGAGUAAUGGUUCAACACAGCUUGUAAACUCCACAAUCAGCGGACAUCCUGUCAACAUAAAGAGAGCUGAUUCACUUGGUGGAGUGAUGAGACUUUGGAGGGGUGUAGCAGAGUCUGGGCUGAUGGUGGAUGUACUGUCUGGCCUCCAUGCUAAACUUGUGAACACCCUUAAAGGUGUUGAGCUUCGCAGCGAUAACGGCAGCCUGCAGGAGACAGAUGCUCAUAUACUGAAUUCUCUGUGUGAGAUGUUUGGACUUUUGGACUCGGUAAAACAAGCCCUGGACCUUCGGUGCACUCAGAACCAAGAGAGUAAAAUCCAUCACGUGCUGGACGAGAUCUCGGAGGAACGCAGGAAGCAGAGCUGCAAUCAAAGAAAAUCUUACAAGACCUCAUCCUUGAAACACCUCCGACCUCACCGUCAGAGCCAGCAGAAAAGACCCGUGCACGACUCGCUACUGAAUGAAAGGACAAACACAGUGAUCCGUCCGCUUUCUUUCACCAGUUUAUCUGCUGCAUCUCAUGCUCAGGUCUUCAGCCAUUUCUCUGCCCCCGCUGGCUGGAGUCACCUUGUUGGAGCCGGCAGGACAGACGGAGUGGGCCAAAGUGGCAACGGGAAAAAAGAUACCUCAGGGCAGAACAAAGAGAUGAAACAGAAGACGGUACUUCUUCCUGGAGAUGGUCCGAUCAGAUGUGACGAGGCGGGGAAGACAAAAAGCUUGCAUGACACCGAGAACGUUAAGUAGAUUUCUGUGGCUCAAACUGAGAGAAAAAUUCAAGAGAUUAAAUAAAAACCCGCAGUGGAGACUC